AUGCCCACAGAUUAUAUAGCCAUUCCAGGGUACCACUUUGUCUCAAAAGAUAGUGUCCAAGCCAACAGGACGGAUGGCAAAACAGUAAUGAGUAGAGGGCUAAUAACAUACUACAGAAAGAACCUAGCUGUGAGAAAAUGUACAAACCCAAGGCUAGGUGCAAACACGGACUGCCUUACCAUAGGCAUGCAUGAUGAAAGUGGAAGACAGCUAUUCCGAGUGUGCAACACAUAUUCCCCAGCACAGGCCCUGGACAUUGAUAGUAAUAACCUACUAGCACAGGAUAAUCCCCUGUUAAUAGUGGGUGAUCUUAAUGCAGUACAUCCAAAGUUAGGCUCUGCAACAGGGAGGAGAAAUGUAAAUGGCAUACAUCUACACAAAUAUCUCAUGAGCAGAGAAAACAAUAUAAGAAUUCUAAAUGAUGCAGAAGCAACACAUAUUAAAGGAAACAAGCUUGACUACAUUUGUAUAGUUGGCGAUUCAGAUGUACACAACAACUGUGAGGUAGUAGAUACUCUAACAUCAGACCACUUUGGUAUCUAUGCUGAGAUUGUAUUGAACAAGACUUUUAAGAGAAAGAUCACAGCACGAAAGAAAAUCAAUGUACCAAAAAAAUGGGAAGACAGCAUCAGAGAAAGUAUGGAUGUUUGGCAUGAUGGCUAUGAAGCUAGGAGCAGUGACCAGUAUAAUGAUGAUAUUAUACAAAAGCUAGAAGAGGAAGUGCUAAACCGCACACAUCAGCAGAGGAGAGAACCACAGAAACCACUAACAAGCUGGUAUAAUGCAGAUGAUGCAGUGAAGAGAAUCAACAAGCAGUAUAGGAAAGCAAAGAAGAAGUGGAUGAAUAACCCCAGCCCAGAAAACCUAACAAUAUAUAGAAGAAUGGAGAAACAAGUGCAAGAUGUUAAAAAGAACUCUAGAGAGAAGUACUGGAAUAAGUUUAUGCAAGGCAUCAAUGAAAAAACACCUCCUUGUGAGGUUGCAAGGAGAGUGAGGAUAGCCCAAGGGAAGAAAAACAGAGAACCGCUCCAUCCCAACCCAAGAGAAAGAGCAAAUGAACUUAUGACAAAGUGGGCAUCUGAUGCUAGCAAUGAUGCACUACCCAUCAAGGUUAGAGUGGCAGUUGAGAAGAGGAUAAGGAAGAAAAUAAAGAAGUUAAGGGAAGCACUUAAGAAGGCAGGGAAGUGUGAUGACAAACUCUUCACAGAGCAAGAACUGCAAGAAACUCUGAAGAGUGGGAAGUCUACUGCACCGGGAUUAGAUGGGAUUACAUAUAAUGCUAUCAGGUUCCUCACAACAGUGAGUGGAAAUCCAGUUCUGAAACUUUACAACAUGAUAUGGUCAGGACAGCCCAUACCCAAAGCAUGGAAGAAGUCGCUCAUAAUACCAGUGCCAAAAACCAGGAAAGCCAGGUGA